CAACAGUACAAGAGGUCUUUUGAAAAUAUCUAUUCUUACAAUAGUUGAUUUUUCAAAGAAAAUUCCGUUGAGAAUAGCAAAUACUUGUAAAAGAUUUUGAAUUUAUGCUUUGCUUUUUUUUCAUUCAAGUAACAUAGGAUUCGUGUGCCUUUCAUCUUGUAAAGUAUAAUCGAAUUUUUUUUAAUAUUUUUAACUUUCUCUAUAAAAUAUGGCGUCGUCUUUGAGUGAAAUGAUUGCGGCACCAACCAUGUCAUUGGUGAAGUAUGAAACUCCAACGCUCGUGACAACGAAAGAUUCUGACACCAAAACUCAACGAAAGGAUUCCCGCUUACCAAAUAUCAAAGACAAACCAUCUUCUGCUCGCUCCAAUCGAUCUGAAGGAAAGAGCAAAGACCAUCAAGUCGCAGAAAUAUUGGAUACUGUCCUUCCACCAAGAGAAUAUGAAGAGGACGGAAAGUUGUGGGUUCAAUGUGUAUCUAGAACACCGGCCACCAGACUGGACGUUAUAAAUCUUGCGGAGAAAUUGGACACAAGGCUCAUUGAAAGAAAUGCUCGAGAGAUAGGAAUCUGUCCAAUAAGACGAGAACUCUAUGAUCAGUGUUUUGAUGAACUAAUUCGCCAAGAAACACUAAAUUGUGUGGAGAGAGGACUACUUUUCGUAAGAGUAAGGGAUGAACUUAGAAUGAGUUUGGCUGCUUACGAAGCACUCUAUGACAGUGGUGUUGCCUUUGGUAUCAGAAAAGCACUACUCUCUGAAAGAGGAAAAGUGGACAUUGUAGAUAAAUUAGAAUUUCUUACUGCUGAAAAUGAAGAUCUUAGGAGGCAGUUAAAACUUCUGGAAGCUCGCCAUGGUCUUUUGCAAAGAGAAUGGGAACAAUGCUCUGCUGUUGAAAGUAAAAAACUCAACGACAAAAUUGAACUGUUGGAAAGAGCCAAUUCCCAAUUAAAGAUGUAUCCUGAAGAUUUGAGCAUUUACCCCUGGUAUACGAAACAGAUCAACCCUAUCUAUUAUAAAGACUAUUACACUAGAAAAGCUAUGCUGUCCAUGAAUGCAACCAGAGCUCGAGUGAGAAAUCUGCUGAACUACCACCACCCUACUAACUACAGACUUCCUGCCCUGAGAUUGUCGCCUGACCAUCGCUACAACUUGUACAGGAAACGAGCCAGACACCUGUCGUUGGAAUGACGUUAGUGUAUGGAUGUAUGCUAACACAUCACUUUACUUUAGAUGAGACAUGAUUAUCAAUGAUUAAAACUAGCAGUGUGUUGAAAAUAGCAUAUAUUCUAAUUAAUGAAUCUAUAAAAAAAAAAGUUUGUUAGCCAUAUCGAUCAAAUUCUAUUGUGUUCAUUAAUGUAAAAAUGUAAAUAAAAUAUGACUACCUAAUAUAGAAGUAAAGUUUCACGCUAUUUAAAACAAUAAAGUAUCUUGAGAGUAUAACAAGAGAACAAUGAUCUCCUGAACAUUUAUUUUAAUUAGCAAAUAGUGCAGAAAUGUUUAAAAUUUAUGGCAUGAAGCUUUAUUUUCGACUUAUCGGGUCUAAAUAUUGAAAAAACAUUUUAUUAAUUAUACCUAAUAUUUU